AUGUCUCGGCGUUCCGCAGAAACGAUGAACAUCCCGAGGGGGAUAGACGUCGUCAACCCUAAUUACUUACAUCCCCAUCUCGUCAUGAUUGGCGACGUCAACGCCCUCCCUCUAGACCUCGUAGUCAAAUUCUCUUUCCUCCUCAUGGGAACAGGCCACCUCUUCAGCGGCAAACCCGCAACGCGAUCACUCCCACCGCCAGAAGACGAAGACGAAAAGACGCUCUGCGCACGCCCUUACAACGACUGGGCCCCGGCGCCCUACAACGCCUGCUCCAUCCGCGCAGACUCCUUCAUGAACAGAGCCAUGACCACCGUCUCGGGCUUCGGCGACAUGCUCUCCAUCGUCACCUCGACGAGCACGGAGUGCGAUCGCGACCUGCACCACAUUAAGACCCGUCUGCUCUGCGGCGCGCCGCCCAUGUCGAUUGCGAGGUGGCGCCAGAAGGGUCUGCAUGAGCUGGAUAACAUUCAGCGCGCGUGUCAGCAUCUAUGUGCUGUAGUAGAUGCAUUCGAGUAUCUUAACCUCCCGCAUAAUGAGGAGAGGAUGCGGAAGGGGUGUAACGGUGUCUGGAAUGCGUGUCACGACUUUGAGAAGGCUCUGAAUGCGUAUAGAAGGGAAAAAGGGCGCGGGGGUCCGGUGAGCGUGACGGCGCUGUGGGAGGAGUAUAUCGUAGACUUUUUCAGUACGAUAGCGGCAAGAGCGCACGCGUGGGUAAUGGCGCGGAUAGGGGAGCUGAAAGAGGCUCUUCUGCUCCAGCUGCGUCAGACCACACCCGUGUCCGAUGGCCCGGCGUCUGCGGCGCAAAUGGAGAUCCUGGACCGGUUUCACGACCUCACCGAGAUAACGAACAAGGCGGAUACGAAGAUUAUGGUGCCGUUGUGGGGGUAUACCCUCCGCACUCUUACCUCUGCGGCGCCGAGGCUGAGGGAUAAUUGGAACGGGUAUGACGGGCGGGAGCCGAUGACGGCGUAUCCGUAUGAUAUGCGGCUCCGCUCCAGGAUCUACGGGAUUCGGUGCCGGUAUCUCAGUCGGUCGGCGCAGGUUCAACGCGCGAUGGAGAAUGUCAGGCUGGGGAGGGAGGUGCCGGCCUUGUCUGAUCCGAGGGGUUUGGAGGCAACGUGUCGGGCGCAGAUGAGGGAGUAUGAGCAGGCGAGGAGGGAGUUGCGAGGGGCGGUGCCGGAGGUGGGUGAUGAGCCGUGGAUUGCUGGUGUGAAGGGGAUUGUGCAGACGGCGACUCAUCGACCGUUCAGGGUUUGGGGUUAUAUUGGGUAUCGUGUGUCGUAUGAGCAUUCUGAUGAGGAGUGGAAGGCGUUUCUUGGGAAGUUCAAGGAUGAUGUUACGGCGUGGGGAGAGGGUGUUGAUGGGGCUGGUGAUGUGAAGCCCAUGUGCAAGGUGAGAUGGAUUGAUGGGCGGGAGCAUGGGAUUCCCGAGGGCGACGUCGAGGCAGCGAAGAGCAAGUCUCCGGCGUGCGAGGGCUUCAUGACUCUCAGCGGAGGCGUCUUUCUGGUCGCGGAUAAGGCGUCCAUCGAUUCAUACUUGCACCUAGUCAAAGAUGACGCGGAACCAAUUAUUCCCCACGGCGACCUGGGUUCUUUUGUCUUGCUAGCCAAGCCGGAUGACGAGGAUAGGGAGGACAGGGAGCCGUCCACGAGGGAGAGGAGGCCGUCUCGAGAUGCAGCUGGAAGACCGACGAUGAGGCGGGACUGGAAGUUCGACGGCACUGUGAGGGUGCUCGGUGCGGUCUUGUUCGACGAUGUUUGGGCGUUGUUGUCACGGAACUCUGUCAAGCUGCUGGAUCUGGCGAAGAUGGCGCUGGUUCAUCCGCGGCAGGUCUAUGUUGGGCCGAGUGUGCCGUUGGAGAGGGACGGGUGGUGGACGGCGGGUGUUUGUGGGUUGGCGGUGUUCAAGUCUUUUGAGAAGUGGAAGACGUCGUGA